AUGUACGCAACUGAUAUGCCAAAAGGUUUCUCUUUGAAUUGGGUUUUUCAUCAAGUUUUUGAUUGUGGAACACGCGUAUCUUUUCUACUAGCCUUUACAUCGGCUACCAUUCUAGGAAACUACACAAGGGUUGGUCUAAAUGAACUAUCUUCCUAUGAGCCAUCGUACGUUGCAUCCGGCUCCGUUCUGUGGAGUAACCUGGUCGCAUGUAUGAUUAUGGGAAUGCUACAGGAUUUGAAAAAGGGAGGCUGGUUUGAGCCUGAAGAACUAUCGAACACCUUUGUCGUUUUCACCACUGGAUAUUGUGGAGCUUUGUCAUCAUAUGCUACAAUGAUGCUUGAAAUUUUCUUGCAUUCAACCAGCUUAAUGCCCUCCGAUAUAGCAAAUGGCAUUAAGCUCCCAAAUCGAGCAUACGGAAUAAUGGAAUUCCUUUCCGUGUUACUUGUUCAAUUGAUUGUCUCAAUGGGAUCGUACGUUUUUGGUAGAAGCUUUGCUAAACACAUUAUUCUGCCGUUGGGGCCUCAGAUGGAUUUGCCCGAAGAGAAGAACGAACUUGUCCCGGAACCAUCAGUUUCCGGAUUCAAACUUUUGUGGACUUAUAGACUUGUAAAGACCCUUCAUUUGGUGUUUUCAAUCGCCGCAAUUCCGCUUAUAGCGCUGAUUAUCGUCCUCAGUUGUGUUUACGAUAACAAAUCACGUUCACUGUGGACUUUGCCAGAAUUGCUCUGUAUCCCCGGAGGUUUCCUAAGAUAUUACUUGGCAGUGUGGUUCAAUUCGUCCCUCGAGUUUUUUCCUCUAGGUACUUUUUAUGCCAAUCAGUUUGCAGUAAUUACAUUAGCCGUCUUUACAAUGUGUCUGCGUGGCAGAAGUAACUCGGAUCCCUCUAUGCCAAUUGCUAAAACCAUAACUCAGUGUCAUGUUCUUUCUGCACUAUCAACUGGAUUUUCAGGAACUUUGAGUACCAUAAGCACUUUCAUCAACGAAGGCUACCAUUUACCACUUUCAAAAGCCCUAAUCUAUUACGGCCUCUCAAUCAUUGGGUCGUAUUGUUUUUUCGUUGUUAUGUUAGGAUCGCUUGCGUGGACCAGGGGUCUGACCAACAGUGCAUGCUGA